AUGCCGCCAUGGUGGGAAGAUGAGAGUUUUGGCAACGGCGAGCGCAUCAACGAGCGGCAGUGGAGACCCCCACGGUCUGAGUGCCUCCCGUACUCCCCUGAGCCGCCUGAUGGCUCGUGCGCCCGGCCGCCUACCUGCCAGCCCAGAAGUGCUGGCUCCGGAGAUGCAAAGCUCGAUUGUGGCACCACCACCUGCAUAUCCGGGAACAUCCACGGAGAACACACCCCUUGGCCACCGGCCGAAGCUGCCCACAGCUUCCGGAGCGUGAUCUUGCGUUGGACGCGCAAUCUCGUGGGAGUCUCAGCCGCUGGCAUCGACCUGACGGCCGGUACCGGGACAAAGCAUGGGGGCAUCACCGGAGAUCGCUCAGCCGCUCCUCGGCACAUGUUCCCAGCACGCCAGCCGUAG